GAAUUACUGAUAAUAUUUUAUUUUUCUUUUCUCGUAUUUCAUGGGACGGUGUUGGAUUUUGGAUUCAUGAAUAAUUUUUAGUAUGACCUGUAUUAUUAUCAUUUUACAAUCAAAUAGUAAUUAAUAAUUGGCGCUAUGGGUGACUCCCAAAAUAACGAUGUGGCAAAUUCCAUAGCGACAACGGCCCCUUCGGGUCCUGAAGGAAAUGGAGGUGCAGUUUCUAAUACGACCGGAGAGCCACCCCCGAAUCCAAGACAACCAUCCAGACUGGAAUCAUUCCUUGCAGUCGGCAAAUCUCUUAUUAUUAGGGGAAUCAUCAUGUACUUUGUUUUCUCAUUUUUCAAACCACAACAGCCUCCGGUUACCACAGCCAAUGAAAAUGGGGUUAAAGUGGCUCAGAGGGCAGCUAGAAACAUAUUUCCAGAAAGAACUGUAAUGAACUUAUAUAUUUAUUUGUCUGAUAAUGAAACUAUGGACAAUUACCACCCUUCGAAUCUAUUUUGGUACAAAGAAGGUUUGACUUAUGGUGACUGGAAUGCUGGACCAUAUGGUGAUGGCUCUUAUGCUGUAGAAAAAGAUGUGCCAAUCACCCCAAAUAUGAGGAAUAAUGGCUCACUCUUCCUACAUGCAUAUCUGACCAGGCUAGGGUACAGCCCUGAUCCUAGUGCUGAUAAUUAUGCCAAACAUCAAAUGUCUUCAGUGAUGAAACAAUUAAACAGGUAUAAAAAACUGAAAUCCGCCGGAACGAAGAACUUGCUAACAGGAGAAACCGAGAAACUAGAAGUCGAAGACGGCAAAAUAAUAUCCCACUGGCACUCAAAUGUCACCAUCAACCUAGUAACGGACCAAACGCUAUGGACCUACGGAUCCGUACCGCCUCCGCUCGACCAGUACAUCAGGUUCACCGAAGACGGCCACUUCUACAAACCCGUGCUCUUCCCCAACGAUUUCUGGAACAUGGCCAGAGACUACAAGCCGCUGAACGACAGCUACACUCUGCGAGUUACUUUCCAGCCCCUUUCGCUGUUCAAAUGGCAGCUCUAUGCUGCACAGCACAUGAGGCAGAUGUGGAACGUGUGGGGCGACUCAGAACCGGCUCAGUCAGACGAGGAGCAGGACACGCUCAAGGAAACCCUCUUGGACACCAAUCCGUAUCUCUUAGGCAUCACCAUUUUGGUGUCGAUCGUCCAUUCUGUGUUCGAGCUCUUGGCGUUCAAGAACGAUAUCCAGUUCUGGAAUAACAGGAACUCCUUGGAGGGGCUUUCGGUUCGCUCGGUCUUCUUCGGGGUCUUUCAGUCUCUGGUCGUGCUUUUGUACGUUCUCGACAACGAGACCAACACCAUGAUUAGGAUAUCGUGCUUCGUCGGACUCGGCAUUGAGUUUUGGAAGAUAUGGAAGGUGGUUGACAUUAAGUUUGAGAACGGCAGGUUGACGUUUAAAGAUAAGAGCUCCUACGCGGAGUCUAGUACCAGGGAGUAUGAUAAGUUGGCUUUCAAGUACCUGUCUUGGGUAUGCUUUCCUUUGCUAGCGGGGUACAGCGGUUACGCCCUCCUGUAUUUGGAGCACAAGGGUUGGUACUCGUUCGUCUUGGAUCUGCUCUAUGGUUAUUUACUCACCUUCGGUUUCAUAAUGAUGACUCCGCAACUGUUCAUUAACUACAAGCUGAAGUCCGUGGCUCAUUUGCCGUGGAGGAUGUUGACUUAUAAGUUCCUCAAUACUUUUAUAGACGACAUGUUCGCGUUCGUUAUUAAAAUGCCGACGAUGUACAGGAUCGGGUGUUUCCGAGAUGAUAUUGUAUUUCUGAUAUUCGUGUAUCAGCGCUGGAUAUACCCUGUAGAUAAAUCUAGGAGGAAUGAGUAUGGGUACAGUGGGGAACCGGAGGACGGGCAAAAAAGUAUCGCUGCUACCGAAACCAAUGGGACGGUAGAGACGAAAAAGGAAAAGUAAGAAGGUAAUGCUGAAUACUGUGUGUUGUGUAGUUGCAUACGUGUAGUAUGAAUGCUCUGUUAUUCC